AUUUAAACAUGCUAUUUAGUUAAUUGCUUAAUUUAUUUUACUAAUACUAAUAGUGUAGACUUUAGACAAAAAUUAAACUUUAAUAGGUAUUUGCCCACUAUUAGGAAAGUUUGCAUUUAUACAUCAGUAAUUAUUUUGAUUCAUUGUUUAUAUUAUCGUUCCUUUGAAAUUUGCAUUUUAAUUGUGUCUAUAAUUGGUACUUAAAUAAAGUUUAUUAAAUUAGACAAAUCGAAUACCAUCGUUUCAAGCCAUUAUAUGGUAUAGCCUAAGGGCCAAGAUGAACAAAGAUUGCAUGGCACCAAUUAACUAAAGAAGAGCUUGUGAUAGUUAAUUCAACCAUGAAGAUAGACAGUAAAUCUCUUCGAUAUGCACAUGCAGAAGGUCACACCGAUGUUUGCUAUAGUGAAGAUGGCAGGCAUAUUAUUACUUGUGGCAAUGAUGGUGAUGUUAGAAUAUGGUUAGAUAUUGAAGAUGAUGAUCCUACAUCACAUUGUGUGGGUGAAAAUGCAAUUGCUGUAUGCUUCAAAGACAAGAGACUGUAUGUAGCUACAGAUAACCAUGCAGUACAAGCUUAUACAUUUCCAGCCUUUGAUAAAGAUGGAAUUAUCACAAGAUUUACAGCACCAGUCACACAAAUCAGUUCAACACCAAAAAUAGAAGCCUUGGGUUGUUCAUCAGAAAACACGGAAGCAAAGAUAUGCAGUCUAGAAGGAGGUGCACCAAUAUUUGUGAUGUCUAACCAAAAUGGGCCUGUACUGAGUAUAGCAAUUUGUCCGCAAAUGAAAUAUGCUGCAACUGCAAGUGGUGAUGGAAACAUGAGGAUAUGGGAUAUAGAUACACAAAAAUCAGUGAAAGAGGUUAACUGUGUUCCAAAGAUCAAUACUUUUUAUGCUGCAAAAGUAUUAUGUCGGAUGAGUUUUGAGCCAUCAGAAGGAAAGUAUCUGGCAUACCCAAGUAACAAAGAAAUUAUUUUACUUGAUUGUGAAAGUUGGGGUCAAAGGAUGUCUUUUACACAUAACUUGAUAAAGUGUGCAAUAUCGCAGUGUGUGUUCUCCCCAUGUGGUCAGUUCCUGGCAGGCAGUACAGUGGCUGGGCAGAUAGCUGUGUGGGAAGUUGGGACCGGAUCAUGUAUUGACAUAAUUGAACAUCCAACCUCUCACAAUGUUACUUCUAUGGCAUGGAAUCCAAAAGGCAAUGGUAUACUAGUUUACUGUGAUGUUGCUGGUCAACUCGGUAUGCUAGUCAACUGUUACGGCAAGGAUAGCAGUCAAUUUGAUAAUGAAGCUAGUGAGGAUGUUGAAACAGUUGAGCCCAUGGAUGACGAAAUAUUAGACAACUUGAUAGAAAAUUAUGAAAGUGAGGAUGAGAAUGAGAAUGCCAUAUCGUUAGAGAAACUAAAAAAUGAAACGCUGGGUUUGGUUGAUAGGGAUUCGCGACCGGAAUCAAGAGAAAUAAUAUCUGCUCCAUCAACGGUUCCACCACAGCCACCAUUCCAGCCAUCUGCAACACCUGCUCAUCUGGAACAUAGGUAUAUGUGUUGGAACAGUGUGGGCAUAGUCCGUUGCCACACCAGUGAGAAUGGAGAGUCAACCAUAGAUGUAGAGUUCCAUGACUCUAAUCACCAUCAUGCCAUACAUCUCAACAAUUACUUGAAUCACACAAUGGCUAGCCUAUCCACCACUGUCUUGGCUCUAGCUUGCGAGACACCGAGUAAACUGGUGUGCAUAUCCCUGGUGGGUAGCAGCAAGGAGUGGAGUGCCUCCAUGUCAGGUACAGAGGAGAUCCUGUGUGUGUCCGCAGCAAGUGGGCUAGUCGCCUGCGCCACCAGCGCUAGGCUACUGCGGCUAUUUACCCCCAUGGGUACCCAGAGACAGGUGAUCUCAUUGUCUGGUCCAGUGGUGAGUCUAGCGGGGUUUAACACUACGGCGAUGGCAGUGUAUCACCACACCGAACCGGGCAUAUCUGACCAGCAUCUGGCAAUGGACAUCAUUGCUGUCAAUGGGAGACAUGUGCGUUGCAAAACAGUCCCAGUGCCCUUGAGCGCAGGGUCUAAGUUGACAUGGCUGGGAGCGUCGGACGCGGGCUCGCCGAGCAUGCUCGACAGCUCGGGCUCGCUGCGGCUGUACGACGUGGCGAGCGGCGUGUGGAUGCCGCUCUGUGAGACCACCGAGCACUCGCGCGGAGCUUCCGACACUUGGUUCAUUGUUUCCGUGAGCGAGUCUACACAGAAGGUGCAGUGUAUAAUGUGCCGCGGGGCGAACUUCCCUCUAACGGCGCCCAAACCCAUCGUCACCGAGCUACCUCUUCAAAUCCCAGUGUGUGAGCUGGACUCAGAGAAGAGUCAGUACGAGGAGCAGCUGGUUCGGUGGUCACACACGGCAGCUGAUGUGGACCUCAAGAUGGCGAGGGAGACUGCUCUGAAGCUGUUCGCACUAGCAUGCCGGAGCGAGAUAGAAGCAAGAGCAUUAGAACUAAUGGAACUACUGAAAGACGAACGCCUUCUACCAUUGGCCGCUAAAUAUGCUUCGAGACUUGGCCGAAUGCAUUUGGCCGACAAACUGACCGACAUGGCCGAGACUUGGGAGAGAGAGGCCGACAAAUUGAACGUCGCGCAGAACAUACACUUCCAAGAGCUGGAGUCACAGGAGACUUACGACGUCAGCAGUACAGAUCAGGAUACGAACGCAAGCUUUAUACCACCACAGAAGGAUGUGAAGAAGAAAAUUGAGAAUGGCACGCCGAUCAAACCUGUACCCAUAAAGCCAUCACCUCGUGCUGCUAGAAACCCAUUUAAGAAACAGCAAGAGUCCGCUAAAAUCGUGCCGAGUACAUUGACCCUGACAGAGAGAACACUGGUUGAGGUCCACGCUACUGACACCAACACCAGCUCUGACGACGCUCUAAAACCGUUGGAGGGAGAAACUUUCAUGGACUGGUUUACACGAAAUAAACCUUUAUUAGAACAGAGCCAGCCCGAGUUAACGCCAGCGGAGCUCAGUCGACACGGUAUCAAGACGUUUAAAAGCUCUCAAACUAAAAUAACCUCGGAAAACGGGCAGAAAAGGAAACUAGAUGAGAGUACAGAAGAUCCCGUAGUCACGAAUGCGCCGAAGCAAUCUAAACUCAGUGCUUUUGCUUUUCAGAAGAAGACUUAAGAACUUUAAUCCGUUGUAGAUGGACAUCUUUUAAAUUAAUUAAUUUCACGAGAUAAUUGGUCAGGUGGUACACUAAUUAAUUAAAGGCACUGCAUUGUAAUGGGCAGGGCGUAUCAAUUACCAUCAGCUGAACGUUCUGCUCGUCUCGUCCCUUAUUGACAUUUAAAAAGCUAACUGGAAAAAAAAUCAAUCUCUUUUAUCUUGUAUUCGCUUCACAUGUCAUAUUAGUAUAUGUAUAUAUUCAUACCCCAAUCGUUGCGGCCUCAAUUUUUGAAAAGCAAUGUUUAAAUCAACGGAGGAUCAUAAAUGACGUAACGGGCAUGGGUAACCAUCGAGUGUACGCCACACACCCUGUGAUGAUGAUGUUAUGAUGAUGGAUGCUGAGGAGAGAGUUGACAAUAAUAAAUACUUCAUGACGAAUUCUACAAUUAAAAAGAUGUUAAAUAAAUUAUAAUCAAACCAUUAAUGUUCAUGAUUUGGACAAUUUAUUUUAAAUAUGACAUGUUGAUUUAGAUAAUAAAAGUUAAUAACACCUUUA